UGAAGAUGAAAUGGCGGAAAAGUGUCCAACGACCAUCCCACAAGUCACAUUCUCAUCCACUUCAAGAUGACAUCGAAGCAAAAGUUGCCAUAGUGAAGCUGGAAGGUCCUCCCUAUUUGUGCCAAACGGACGAAGUCCGUGAGCUCUGCGUGAGUUCACAAUACACGGGAACAAGCUAUUGGGGUCCGGCUGGAAAGUCAACGAACGUGUCCAAGGUUCAACCGCUAGCUUCGAAUGGUCAGCCGCAUUUGAUGAGUUUGUAUGUUUGAACGGGAUUGCUUGGAUUUCUUGGACCGGGAGGUCUUAUUUUCAUUUGUGGUCGUUUGGAUGGUCUGAUGAAAGUCCAAGGUCAUCGACACAAUACGGACAACCUCAUUGCAACCGUUCUCGCCAUUGAACCUCACAAAUUUGUAUACA